AUCCGGAAGAGGCCUCUUAUCAGGGCUCUGGAGGAGGCGGCGGCAGAUACUUGGGGUCUGGACGCGACGGCGGCGGGAGCAUGAACGCCCCUCCAGCCUUUGAGUCGUUCUUGCUCUUUGAGGGCGAGAAGAAGGCACCAGUAACAAGGACACCAAGGGUAACCCAAGCCUGUUUAUUCACCAUCAACAAAGAAGACCACACACUGGGAAACAUCAUAAAUCGUAAACAACUCCUAAAGGACCCACAGGUGCUAUUUGCUGGCUACAAAGUCCCCCACCCCUUGGAGCACAAGAUCAUCAUCCGAGUGCAGACCACGCCGGACUACAGCCCCCAGGAAGCCUUCACCAACGCCAUCACCGACCUCAUCAGCGAGCUGUCCCUGCUGGAGGAGCGCUUCCGGGUGGCCAUCAAAGACAAGCAGGAAGGAAUUGAGUAGGGGCCAGAGGGGGCUCUGCUCAGCCUGUGAGCCCAGUUCCUACCUGCGCGUGACCCUCCGCUCCAGGCACUACGCCGAGGAGAGCGGCCAGUCCCAGCCAUGGCCCGCCUUGUGACCACCCCUCACCCUGACACCGACGUAUCCUGUACAUAGAUUAGGUUUUAUAUUCCUAAUAAAGGAUGGCGGAAGAGA